AGGGAUCAGAUCUGGUGCAAAGGAAAACUCCAGCCAUGGCGCCCAAGAAGGGAGACAAGAAGGAGAAGGCGGAGAAGGUGGCCAAGGCGGUGAAGCAGCCCGUGAGCAAGAAGGUCAAGAAGAUCCGCACCAAGGUCCGCUUCUACCGGCCCAAGACCCUCGUCAAGGCGCGCAACCCCAAGUACCCCCGGAAGUCGACGGAGGGCCGCGGCGACAAGCUGGACAAGUACCGCAUCAUCCAGUGCCCGGUGACUACAGAGUCUGCCAUGAAGAAGAUUGAGGAGAUCAACACACUUGUUUUCUUGGUCGACAUCAAGGCGACGAAGCCGAAGAUCAAGGAGGCUGUCAAGCAGCUCUACGAUGUGAAGUGCGCAAAGGUGAACACGCUUAUUCGCCCAGAUGGGAAGAAGAAGGCCUACGUGCGCCUCACGCAGGACUACGACGCGCUGGAUGUGGCCAACCGCAUCGGCAUCAUCUAAGCGAGGACCUGAGAUGAAGAUCGGUGAUUGCAGCCAGAAAUGGAAGA